UCAGGGCUUGAAGGCAGAAAUUGUGUUAAAACGGGAAAAGAGACCGAAAGAGAAGAUGACACAAGCCCUGUUUACACUAUGGCAAAUUCGAUAAAGACGCCGAAACUAAGGGAUUUUGUAUUUACUGAUAAGCUUGGUAGUGGUACUUAUGCAACUGUAUAUAAAGCAUAUAGAAAGGGAGGACCCAGAGAAGUAGUGGCAAUCAAAUGUAUACAAAAAGACGGACUCAAUAGAUUAUCAACUGAGAACUUGCUUGUUGAAAUAGAACUUCUCAAGAAAUUGAAACAUGAGUAUAUUGUGGAGCUCAAAGAUUUCUUGUGGGAUGACAACUUUAUUUAUCUUAUUAUGGAGUACUGCAGUGGUGGAGAUCUCCUGGGGUUCAUUCAAAGCAGAAGAGCUUUACCAGAAAAUAUUGUCAGAAAAUUUCUUAGGCAAAUAGCAAAAGCACUUCAAUAUAUGCGUGAAAAUGAGGUCUCUCAUAUGGAUCUUAAACCUCAAAAUUUGCUGUUGUCUUCAAAUCUUAAUCCAGUUCUCAAGAUUGGUGAUUUUGGCUUUGCAAGGUAUUUACAAGGUGAUGUGGAAGGUGACAUGCUCAGAGGAACUCCAUUGUACAUGGCCCCAGAGGUUGUUUGUAAGCGUCAGUAUGAUCCCAAGGCAGACUUAUGGUCUGUUGGAGUUAUACUGUAUGAAUGUCUCUUUGGAAAGGCACCAUUUGCUUCUCGCAGUUUAAAAGAGCUUGGAGAAAAGAUACGGGACACAAAACCAGUCGAGAUUCCUUUUGGUGUAAAUAUAUCUGAUGGAUGUCGCGAUCUUCUACUCCGCCUGCUUCAGCGAGAACCAGAGAAGAGGAUAUCAUUUGAAGACUUCAUGAACCUAAUCCUACAAAAAAGCAGAGGUUAAGAGAAAAGGUAAGAGAAUAUAUGAAGAGAGCAGAAGAAUUAAAACAAUGUCUCAAACCUGAGGGGCGUCACACAAAUCAGAAACAGCUGACUCCCAGGAGUAAACAAGAACUGGAAACUUUUGCAGCAGAAGAUGAAACAUUAAAGGCAGCUUUAACAAUGAUCGAAGUAGCUGAAUACAAAGAAGAUUAUGAAAAAUAUGAAGAAGCACUUGCAAAGUAUGAAAUGGCACUAGGAGUACUAAUAAAACUGUUACAAGAUGAAGCAAAUGAAAGGAAGAAGGAACUGUUAUCAAAACAUGUCAGUGUCUGGAUGACAAAAGCAGAAACCAUAAAGAAUUACCUAAAAGUUAAACAAUUAAAGACACGAGACACUUCAGAACAAGAAGAGGAAGAAGACCAGCGACUUUCAGGUCACAGCUGCAAUAUCCAGUAAAAGGUCCAUUGCUCAACUUGGAAAGAAAGAAAAAUAAUUACCAAUAGAAAGUGCCAAAAAUGAGGAUCCAAGCAAAGUUUGAUUUGGAAGAAAAUGUAAAACAAACAGCUGGAAAGAAAAAGAAAAUGCAUGCAUGUUUUACAAUUUUUUACUAAAAUGAUGUUGAUGGUUUAUCUUUGCAAGGCAAAGAUAUAUGGUCACGUCAGUGGUGUUGAAGUGAACUGAUAUGGAACAGUGAGUUGGUAAGCUCCUUGUGAGCAGCAGCCUGGUAAAGCAAAAUUGCAGAUGCUCUGCUUGGCUGUCUAAAGUGAACCCAUUUGGUAUGUUGAACAUUCAGGGCACCAAUCUGUGCAAUGUAUUUCACUUAACUGAGAUUUAGAAGCAGGUUGAUACUGGGAUAUCUUCAGAUGUAUGUAUAUAAGAGGGAUGGAUGCCCCAUGUAUAAACUGCUGACAAUCAAGUCACUUUCGAUAUUGUGUUACAAACAAAGGAGAAGAGAUGAAUGUGAAACUGAAGUAUCUUAAUAUAUAAUUGUUGGUAAAGAUUUGAAUUAUUUGGUGCUAAUUGUUAAUAAGUAUGGUUUGGAGAUGGGGAGGAUUUACUCUGGAUAUUAUGUUCUUUUAUUAUAGUUAACUGUACUGUAAGGAUAUGGAUCUGCUAAUGCUGUAGAUUUUGACCUUAUGUGUAAAUACUGUCCCUUUUUUUAACCAUAACAUAAAUUUGUGCAAACGAGCUAUCUGUGAAUGCAUUUAGUUUUGUGAUAUGGAUGAAUACAGAAUUUUUCAGUGUGGAUGAAAUUACACAAUUAUAACCAUAAUAAACAAAAAAAUUUGGAAUGACCUUCGUAUUGCUGAAAGAGUGUCAUAUGUAGAUCAAGCUCGCUUAUUUGCAGUUGACCCAGAAAUGAAAAAGUUGUUACAUUUCAAAAAAAUUAUGACUUGUCUUCUGGAAGGCACAUUGAGACUCACCUUGGUAAAGCUGUUUUAUUUUGGUCAAUAAAUGCUUUAUGU